CCUACACGGAUGGACAGGAUACGGUACACUGUGGCUCCUCAUCUCGUGGUCUUUUGCUCUUUCUGCCGCUGCUACGGACUCCUUACAGUGCUACGGACUUGAUCCAUCUUCCUUAUCCCCACCUCAUCCACUCGACGUUUGACGGCAGCCUUGUGAAACUGCACCUCAUUCCAUUCAACUUCACAUUCUCGACUCAACUCGACAAACAUCCCACUUUGAUUGAUCAUCACUCAUCACAUCUCCUUCCUCUCUAUCCAGAUCUACAUAUGCAUUGAUCUACCUAAUAGCCACAAAGCUACGGCGAAGUCAUCAUGGACGCCUCUCCACGCCCCAACUCUCCUCUCCUCCCUCCCUUCACCAUCCGCGAUCUGAAUGGACCAGAGGUUCCUCCUGCUGUGAUCCAAAUCACCGGUGGCCAGUAUAACUCUACCAUCAAUUCUGAGCCCGAUGCCCGCCUUCAAUAUGUCGAUCACACUGAUGGUGAGAUCAUCACUGUUGGCAGUACCUUCGAACUCCAACAACGCCUUGACGAACCGGUUGAUGAGCCUCGACGUGUUGUUCACUGCAUCCCACAUCGCGCUACACAACGCCGGGAAGAACAUCUGAUUCAUAUUUUUGACAUCAAGAAGUCAUCUGCCAGUCUGGCCAUCUGGAGGGAGCAUGAGGCUUAUACAAGCAAGGCACUCAGACAGCCUAAUACAUCUGAGUCUACCACGACUUCCACUGCACCAGCCGUGUCUCCAGAUCGUUCUUCGUCGGCCACUUUUGAGAAUGUUUCGGCCGAGUCCACCAUCAGUGCAUCAUCAGAAUCCAAGCCGGAACCUGUCUUGACUUCAAUGCCACCUACUCGACCGGCUGCCGCCUCUGAAGCGGACCUGGCUUUCACCGGAUUGCUCGAAACCCUUCAGUCUCAAUUGGUACCUCUAGCAAACAUUCUCGACGCCACAGCAGACGGUCUUCGCAGGGCCGCAGAGAAAACCACCGAAGCUGAUGCAACCGCUGCGGAGGAUGUCUUGACUGGCUUCAAAGGCAUCUUCGCCGAACUUGGUGCUAUGGGCCGAGAGUUUCUGUCUUCUCUCGAUGCAGAAUUCCAAAAGACGAGGGAUGCCGCGUCUAGCCCCGUGCCUCACGACCUCCCGGUCCCCGAACCCUCUCAGCCAGAUUUCAACCCCACCAUAUCCCACGUCCAGACAAAGGUCGAUCCUGCGUGGAAACGGGUCAGUUUCGCCGUCCCCAAGGUGAAUAAGCCUUCGAUGCAGAAGAGUUCCCUGGCAGAAACCAAGAUUCCGAAUGCAACUUCUGCAGACUCCAUCCCUCGACCAGGCGAUCACGUUGUCAAUGCCAGGGCUCAUGAUGAUGGUUCCAACCUUUCGCAGACCAAGAAAGAAACAGAGUCUACGGUCGAUCGCCCUUAUAGCUUCCUGGACAAAGUACCCAAAGCCGUGUUGACCUGGCCACCACCACCUCCGCCUAGAUUGUCCAAUAAGCCACUAAGCCACAACAACUCAACCUUCUUUCUGAACUCGAUUCUUGAUGCAGAGACCACAGAUCCCGAUUUUUCUGUUCGCUACCCCCCUCUGAUGUCUGUUAGAAAGUCGAAGAGCGUGGGUGCCUUUCAUGAUACAACCAAAACCGAUCAGGUUGGGGGUUCAGCUGGGCACACUACGUCCGCCUUGACUCGCUAUCCCAGCAUUCCCCAGUUUGAGGAGCAGAAUCGGGCCAAGGUCGCCAGCACUCAAAAUUCAAAGGCAUAUGGAUUUUGGGAGCCUCUUCCUGGGAACAAGGCCAACAUGCCUGUUCCUGCGGCUCGAGCUUCGGACAAUGCAUCGUUUUCUCGCACCAGCUUUUCCAGUGGCGCAGACACAAUCUCCCUUCCGACGGAAGAACAGACUGAAAAGCAGAAGACGACUCCUAGCGUCGUACCGGAAGACAAACCGAAACCCUCCCAGCUUGUGAGAAACAUCCCAGGAUCAUGGCCCGAGCCUCACUCGAAUGACUGGUUCGCGCCCAAGCCCUGGCCCAGCUUCUCCUACGAGACGCCGCUUGCUACUUAUGAGCCUGCGCAUGACUUUUCUGCUAGAGUCAGCAGUCCCGGUGUUGAGUCGUACUACCGAGCUCCUAUUUUCCCCAGAAGAAACCAAACAGUGUCAGGAACAAACCCUGCUGCCAGAUUGAAUGGUCCCUUUGACCCCUUGGCAUCACUCCCAACCUUCCGCCCCAAGGCACAAAAGUCUCAGCCAAAUCUGAAAAUCGAUGAACAGAAGUCAAAGACCGAAGUGUCAACCAGACUUCCUCAGCGUGGCCACACUGUGCACCAUACAGACCGUGGCCGAGCGCCUUCUGCAAUGAGCCCACCGCUUGCUUGGAAACCACCUACGCUAUGGGAUGGAUUUGUCCAACGAGGUCUUGGCCAUGCGAAGUCGUUUGAUGAAUCCCUCUCUUCGGGACACUGGGAAUCCUCCUCUUCCGGAGGCUGGGGUCAAAAUGCGACACAGAGCAGCCUCCCUGGAACCGCAUCUCAAGAUACUUCCAUCGCUGACAAACCCAAGGCCUCGAAAAUAGCCUGUCGCCCUUGUAUCACGUCGAAGAUCAAAUGUAACGGGCAGCGUCCACUCUGUAAUCGGUGUUCUCAAUCUGGGAAGCAGUGCUCAUACCUUUUCGACUUACUCAAUGUCGAGACGGCUCAUCAAGAAGCAGUGCGAGAGCACCCAUCGGGUGCCCCUUUGGACUCAAAGGGGGAAAGCACUGCGCCCGCAAACACUCUGCCGGUCAUUGGACGUCCCGUUUUCCGUUCAUGGUCUGAUAGAGAAACGCAAGAAGCUGCCAAACCUGAGAGACCUGCCCACCCCCAACCAUUCUUCGGAUACAACAGUCCUCCUAGUCCAGUCUUCACCCUUGCAACCUCAUCGGCAGCACGACGUGCCGAAGGGCCGAUGCCACCGAGACACAGCCCACCUUCCGCCGCCACCGUAAUCGAAACCUGUGUUCAGAUGCUCAAGGACAUGGGAUAUGGCAAGUCUGAUGCGAACGAGCUUGCUCGUUUGAACGUCUAUGCUGGCGCAGCUGCGGGAAAUGUCGAGGACGCUAUUGAGAUGAUUGAGGAAGACCGAGAAGCUAUGCGACAUUAUGCCGAAGCAGAGGAUUUGGACGACUUUAGGAGCCAAGUUGAGGACUUUAGCGCCAAUGGAGAAAUCCGUCUUUGAAGACUCGCUGCAAUAGGAGCUAAUUUCGGCAUUUGCUAGGAUUUUGCUCAAUCGAUGGGGGAAAGUGCUUCCCAAACGAAUUGUCAAUUGAAUUGGCGACAACAUAACUUAGUCAUGGAUAAGCCAGGACAACGAUAGGGAAAGUUAGGGCUAGUGCCCGGGUUUCUAUGAUGCUUACGACGCAGAGAUUGAUUAUGAGGAUUCGAGAUAGUUCUUGGAGUUUUUUUUAAAGUGGUGAUGAUGAAUGGGACGUGACAGCAACCAAGUAGCUUGAGGACAUAUGUUCACGAUGCGAGGAUCAGUGCUCAUUUCUUUUACUCGCUCACAAAAUCAAUUGAUAUCUGAUCUGAAAA